ACCAACAUGAAGCUGCUGCUGCUGCUGCUGGGUUUGGGGCUGACCCUAGUCUGUGCCCAUGCAGAAGGAGAAACUAGUCCAGGAGGAAAGAACUUUGAUCCAAUACAGAUUGAGGGGGAGUGGAAUUCCAUUCUCUUGGCCUCUGACAAAAAAGAAAAGAUAGAAGAAGAUGGAGACAUGAGAGUUUUUGCGGACUUCUUCUAUGUCUUCGAGAACGGGUCCUUAGCCUUUCACUUUUAUGCUUUUAUGGAUGGAAAGUGUGUCGAACAGUACUUAGUUUGUGACAGAACAGAAAAUGAUGGUGAAUAUUACGUUAAAUAUGACGGAAACAAUACAUUUACUGUACUUGAUGUAGACACUGAUGAUUACGUUAUCUUUUAUCUCAAUAAUGUCAAGGAUGAGGAGACAUUCCAGCUGAUGGCGCUCUAUGGCCGAGAACCAGAUUUGAGUUCAGACAUCAAGGUAAAGUUUACAGAGCUAUGUGAGAAGCAUGGAAUCUCUGAGACAAAUAUUGUUAACCUAACCAAGGCUGUGGGCAUGGUUCCUGAACAUGCUCUUGUUCCUGCCCUGCAGACCGCUGUCCCCAGGCUCAAGAUGAAGAGGCCUGAGCCUCCAGUGUUGAGUGGAGACUUCUCGCCAGGACCCCAGCAUCAUCCUUCCCUAUUGACACUCCAUCCUGUGACAAGUUCUGUGGUCUGAUUGCCAUCCUAUCCCACAGGAAACAUAAUCCGCGCUUCUC